GUACUCCUACUCAAGAAUUUGAUAGCCGGGAAUUCAGAAGGCUCUUUUAUUCAGCUAAAUCUCGUAAAGAACUCCAUCCUGCUAUGAGGUAUUUAUGUAGCUAUUUUGCACGUGGAGAUGUAGGUGUUUAUAAAUGGAUACCUAAAAAGCAGUGCUUCAAGUAUUACAGUAGAAAGGAUGCAUGUGAUUCUUUCAUUCAAUCUGAUCACACACGAAUCAAAAAUGCCAAAGGAGACAUAGAGAAUUUUAGUGUUACAUCAUGGUUCUUUAGAGAUACACCAUUCUUCUCUCUUGAAGUUAAUCCCACCCAGCCUAAAGUUUACCGAGAGCCAAAUGGGGCAUACUACAUUAAUUUAUUUCAAGGAUUUCUGCAUCCUAACCCGCCUCCAUUCAAGCAAUUUAGCAAGGAAAUUCGCGAUCAGGUAAAGCUGGUCCUUAAUCAUAUGCGAGAAGUUCUUUGCUCUUCCAAUAAGGAACAAGAGCUUUACAUGAUGGGAUUAAUUAUGCGAAUAGCCAUUGGUCGAAAGAUGCAAAAAACUAUGUUUCUCUUUUCAGGUCCAGGAACUGGUAAAACGAUGCUUACAUGGUUUCUUCGACAUAUGGUUCUUGGUCUUAAUAUUACUGUGAAGACUGCUGAUGAGAGAGUUAUUACUGGACAAUUUAACAAAGAGCUAGAAGGUAAGGUCUUACUUGUUCUCGAAGAAAUGUCUAAUUCCAAAUCCACAGACUGGAUAACAUUUGCAAAUCGACUUAAGGAUUUCAUUGAUAGCGACACAUUGAUGAUAGAAGAGAAACAUAGAACACGAUAUCAAUAUGUCGAAAAUGGAAUUGGAAUGGAUCAUUAUUAUGGCCCACUAGAUAAAGCUAUUAAAAAUCCAGAAGUCAGUAAAGCCUUUUACUCCUAUGCAUUAGAAUACGUUAAACUCAAUCCAGAUUUCAAUGAGCGUAAAAUUCCUAUGACCAAAACUAAGUUAAUGAUGGUAACCAGGGAUUUUAAUGCAGUUCAUGAGUUUAUAAAGCAUAAGUAUAUAUGUGAAAGUUCCGGUCUCGAUGUAGCAUCCUCAUAUCUUUAUAAUACAUUCAAAAGAUGGUUUAUAGAACAAUCCCAUAUUCAAGGGAAAAAACCCCCUACUAUACAAGAAUUUAGUCGCGCGUUAGGAGAAUUGGGAUUAAAAUCGAAACCAAAAAGAAUUGGAGACCGGAAAAAUAAUAAGAGAGUUCAAUGGUAUGAAGCAUCAUACGAAAGUCUUUACACAGCAUUCCGAAAGAAAAAUAUGAUUGAUGAGGAUGAGAACAUUGAUGAGCCAGAUAAUUAUCAAGCAAGGCUUCAAGUUCCUGACUCAUCCACUAACAAUCCAGAAAUUUUCCCGGUAGAGGAAGAAACAAAUCCACCUAAAAAAGUUCCACCCCCAAUUCCCCCAAAGCCUGAUCAUCUGAAAUUGAAGACUCCUGAGAUUUCUGAGAAAAUAGAGUCUGAGGAAAAUGAUACAGAGCCAUGUGGAAUUCCUGGCCCUUCCAAUACUAAUAAUAACAGUAUUUCCACACCUGAACCCAUUACAUAUAAAGAAGCCUAUUUCGAAGAUAUGUAUAAAAGUGCGAAAUCAAUUUGGGAAUCUUGCGGUAAUGAUCCUGAAGAUUUUGAUUGGCAGUGCUUUAUUUGUGAAAUAGAAGACCUCUCAAAUAAUGAAUGUUAUGACUACAAAAAAGAUCCAUGGCAUUACAGACUUCGUAUGUUUGUCCAAUUAUUUAGAAAUCAAGGUCAAUUAAAAGGUCUUGGUAACCAAGAAAUUGCAUCCAAGAUAGCUGAGUACCUCAAUAAGAGAGGACAGAUAAUUGUUUCCCCUCCAGAAAAUUAUAAAACAGUCUUGCAGGAUGAGUCUCUUGUAAAUAUAAAAGACUGUGAACUUGCAGAAGACGAUGAUUUCUCAGAACCGGAUGAGGAAUGGGAAAACGAAUUAAAAAAUUAUCU